CCUAUUGGCUGGAACACUUGAAAUCAUUCCAGGUUUUCAGAAAGGGAGUCAAAUCUAUCAGAAAAGACAUGGAGUCAUACGAGUCUAUGUUGUUUCCUGGGCCUCAUGCAUUUCUGUUAGUACACAGAGAUGUCAAAAACUCUGGUAGAGAUAAUUAUCUUUUACACGCUCUCAGUGAUGUGUUCGGGAAGAAGGUCUUAGACUACUGUAUGGUGUUAUUUAUAGAUGGGGCUAGACACAAUGAUCCAAACAAGAACUACUGUUUGAAGAUGUGUGGAGGCAGAAACCACACUUUACAGAACACUGAAUACAGUGUAAAUGAAUUAUUUAAAAAAAUAGAGACAAUGACAGAGAGUAAAGACAACAGUUUUUUCACAACACAUCUGGAGUGUUUCAGAAAAGCUAGCAAUUAUUUUCAGGAGAAGUAUGAGGAAAAGGAAAAUGAACUAAGAAAAGAAUUAAAUGAUUCUAAAGGCAGAGAGGAUCAGUUAAGGGACGACAUAGAGAAACUUCGAAGAAAAAUGGAAGUGUUAAAAGAACAACUAAAAAAUAAUCUGACCGAUGCAAGAGUUAAAGAAGACAGCCUGCAUAAAAGAGAGCGAAACGUGCAUAGAAGAGAAAAGCAACUGGCUGAAAGACAGAAGGAGCUGGAGAUCAGAGAGAGAGAAGUGACACAGAGAGAUGUGAGAUCCAGAGAACAUCAUCAGACCACAGCAGAUCCUGCUGUGUCUGAGAACAAAGACAGACCUCUGUAUGACCGUGAAGGAAAGCUGAAGAGAAGAAAUGAUUCACAAUCACUUAGGAUCCAGAAACCUGUAAGACGAAACAGCUUUGCAAUAGACCGACCUAACAUGUACAGAGAACAUCAUCAGACCACAGCAGAUCCUCCUUCUGCUGAACGUGAAGGAGAGCUGAAGAGCAGAGAUGAUUCACAAACCAGACAAUCUCUUGGGAUCCAGAAACCUGUAAGACGAAGCAGCAAGGAAUUAAGUAUACAUUAUAGCCAUGCAUUGUGAUUUUCCCGAGACUUGAAGUUCAUCGUGACCACAUCUGUCAAGCUCUAAAAAAGGCAAAAACACCAUGAAGCAUCUUAACAUAACUCGUGUACCAUAUUCCAGUCUUCCAGUGGCGGACUGAGACAAUAAUUCAGGUCGGGGAUUUGACUCCAUCCCAGGUCACCUCAGUUGCUGCCGUCACCGUCACCCUGUUCAUGUCAUCCACAGGACUGCUAAUCUUGUAGGCUAACCCUGUUAGUUGAUGUAACAGGUAGACUACUAGACGAAUUAUAAAUUUGGCCACUUCUCUUCAUCUGGGAGGAAAUUUAUACAGAUUACAAAAUACAAAAAUUGAAACUGACCAACAAGUGAUCUAUCUUAAAGGGAACCCCUGGUAUUAAGACUUGAUAUAACAUAAAUGAUGUCUCUUACUGAAAUAUGUAGUAGAAAACCCAUUAAAGAUUUACGUUAUUUUAAAAAUCCACAUCGUUUUAUACAUAUUUUGGACAGUGGGGGCGCCAUUUUGUUUGUCUAUGUCUAUGACGUCAAAUGGUUGCACUCGGUGAGCUACGGACGCUGCCCUGUUGCUAUUUUUACCGCAACACAACUCGGAAUACAAAAUUUUGAUACGAUGCCACGGCAAAGUGAAUUUUUUCUCCUAUUCUAAUCGUUAGGAAAGCAGUGAAAAAUUGCAGCGUUUCUUUUGUUGCCCUUCAACUGAAAAUUACAACCAAAAGCUGCACAAUGUACACAAUAUAAUAUGUGUAUAUUAUAUUCACAUAUUUGUGAGUUGUGUUGUGGUAAAAAUAGCAACAGGGUAACGUCAGUAGCUCACUGAGCGUCAUCGACGUAAAAUGCACUGCGCAC